CCCCGCCCCAAACGCGAGUCCCGUAUGCGCACAUCGCUUUCUCUCUGACGCACCCCCGGAAGCACUGGCAGUUUUGGUGGGGGCUGGACCGGGAAGCGUUUCCGGGGGCGGGAGGCGCAGGCUGAGGCGGUUGCGGCGGCGACGGCUUGGACGGGCCUGGCGCCGGCGGCGGCGGAAACUAUCCCACCGGUGGGCUAUGUGAGCGUCGAGGACUUGGCAGAAAUCGAUGUGAUUUUAAUUUGAAACAAAACUAAGAAAUGGGUUCCUCUUCCUCGUUCAUUCAUACUGCUUUUUGAUGGUCAUGGCAUAAGGAACUUUAUCCCAGGAAUACAACUUUGCAUUAGCACCAAACAAGAUUUGUGAUGAAAUGGAGCCUGGAACAAACUCUUUUCGAGUAGAAUUUCCUGAUUUUUCCAGCACCAUUCUGCAGAAACUGAACCAGCAGCGCCAGCAAGGACAAUUAUGUGAUGUCUCCAUUGUUGUCCAAGGCCACAUUUUCCGAGCACACAAAGCCGUUCUUGCUGCCAGUUCACCCUACUUUUGUGACCAGGUACUCCUCAAAAACAGCAGGAGGAUUGUUUUGCCUGAUGUGAUGAACCCCAGAGUGUUUGAGAACAUUCUCCUAUCAAGUUACACGGGACGUCUAGUAAUGCCUGCUCCAGAAAUUGUUAGUUACUUAACAGCUGCAAGCUUCCUCCAGAUGUGGCAUGUGGUAGACAAAUGCACUGAGGUUUUAGAAGGAAACCCCACAGUCCUUUGUCAGAAGCUAAAUCAUGGCAGUGACCACCAGUCUCCCAGCAGCAGUAGUUACAAUGGCCUGGUAGAGAGCUUUGAGCUGGGCUCUGGGGGCCAUACGGAUUUCCCCAAAGCCCAGGAACUGAGGGAUGGAGAGAAUGAAGAGGAGAGCACCAAAGACGAGCUGUCAUCUCAGCUCACCGAGCAUGAAUACCUUCCUAGCAACUCGUCCACAGAGCAUGACCGGCUAAGCACUGAGAUGGCGAGCCAGGAUGGGGAGGAGGGGGCCAGCGACAGUGCCGAAUUCCACUACACCCGGCCCAUGUACAGCAAGCCCAGCAUAAUGGCUCACAAACGCUGGAUCCAUGUGAAGCCUGAGCGCUUUGAGCAAGCGUGCGAGGGCAUGGAUGUGCAUGCAUCCUACGAUGAGCACCAGGUCACAGAGUCUAUCAACACCAUGCAGACAGAGCACUCGGUCCAGCCCUCGGGAGUAGAGGAAGACUUUCACAUCGGGGAAAAGAAAGUGGAAGCAGAGUUUGAUGAACAGGCUGAUGAAAGCAAUUAUGACGAGCAGGUGGAUUUCUAUGGCUCUUCCAUGGAAGAGUUUUCUGGAGAGAGGUCGGAUGGGAAUCUCAUUGGGCACAGACAGGAGGCUGCCCUAGCAACAGGCUACAGUGAGAAUAUUGAAAUGGUAACAGGGAUUAAAGAAGAAGCUUCCCACCUAGGAUUCUCAGCCACCGACAAGCUGUAUCCUUGUCAGUGUGGGAAAAGUUUCACUCACAAGAGUCAGAGAGAUCGACACAUGAGCAUGCACCUUGGUCUUCGGCCUUAUGGCUGUGGUGUCUGUGGUAAGAAAUUCAAAAUGAAGCAUCAUCUCGUGGGCCACAUGAAAAUUCACACAGGCAUAAAGCCAUAUGAGUGUAAUAUCUGUGCAAAGAGAUUUAUGUGGAGGGACAGUUUCCACAGGCAUGUGACUUCUUGUACCAAGUCCUACGAAGCUGCAAAGGCUGAGCAGAAUACGACUGAGGCUAACUAAAAACAGGGUCUGGCCCUUGAGUGGCAGGCACAAAAAUAAACUAUGGUAAUUAUGCAAAUCUGGGCACAGAUGAUGCGUGCUACUUGCUAUUAUGAGAGAAGCUUAAAAAAAAGGAAGAUAUUUCUGAAAGACCAGCUCUAAGUAGGCCAAUUAAAAAAUCUUAAUUCUUCAAAUUUGUAUGUUCCAGGCCUGGAGUGGGUAAUGGGGAUAAGUUAGCCCACCUCACACCUGGCAAGGUAAACCUUCAGGCCCAUUGUGAAUGAGGCAGGUGGACUUGGUGAUAGAGACACCUGCACUUUGAAUUGGACUCCAACCCACCAGUUCCAUUUCAGGUGGCAGCAGUUUUUGAUCGCUCAUUAUUACAAGGUCAUAUUGGAAUUUUAUUUUGCUCUUACUAUAGAUACUUAGGUAAUGUGGGUUUGUUUUGGUAGCUGCUUCACUGAAUGAAAUGCUACUUAUGUAAUAGCUACAGAUAAUGUGAUUCCUAGGAUACUAAGUUGAUUAACAGAGCUCUCUUACCUGGGUUUAUUCUUUCUAAAGGGUAUUUUAACCAAAACUAUGGAGAUACUAAGAGGGUGACAUUCUAAGUAAGAAACAAAUAACUUACGGUACAAGCUUCAAAUUCUGUAAGAUGCCACUGUCACAAUGUGUUUCAGACUCUUGAUAAGUCAGAGUUUUAUAUUUUAGUACUAACAUUUAGUUUAAACAACUGUUUGUAAUUCUCUAGGGUGCCAGACAUAGGUAUUUCUAACUGGUUUGCUGUCCCAAAUCCUGUUUAAUUGUAGCAUCCACACAGUGGGAUCUGCUCUGUGGCUAGUAGACAUCUAGCCUGCUUUGACUCUCUGACCACGGUACCAUUGGCUGCUCCAGCCGAUUCACUCUGUCUUAGAUUACGGUGCUUCCUGAAGAGGUCAGUCAAUGACCACAGUUACUGGGAAGGAGCCAGAAGUCACGGCUGAGAGUUACCUGUGAACUUCAGGAGCUAAUAGAGUGCUACAGUGACACUCCAACUGUCAGACUGAGAGUAGCCGAGUAGCAGAAUUUUGAGUGUCAGGUUAUACUUGGGUGGGGCAAGUUGUGGGGUACAAUUACCCAAGAAAAGAGGAGUCUUGAAAAUACACUGGUGGGGGAGAUACUCGUAGAGGGGUACACUGAGCUAAUCCUCCUGGCUCUUUAGGAGUGCUGGAAUGUGUUUUAAAAGGCAGAAAGAAAGAGUCCUAAUUUUAGGAAGUAGUCCACAGAUUCAUGCUCUCAUAUUAUAGAUAAAGCUGCGUAAGUUUACAAGUCCACAUAGCUAUAUCUACCAAAAAAAACAAGAAAAGCAGCUAUUCUGAGACCUUUUCUGAGGAUCACUCAGAGGUUUUAGGUUAAAAAAGAAGCAUGUUCAGGAUGUUUUAAGCUGUGUAACAUACCUGAAGUUGUCACCAGGGUAGGGACAGGGUGCUACUGUUAUGUUAACUUUUCCGUAAACUUACCGGCUUAUUAUUUCUUAGUGGAAACUUUUUUUCCUUAAAAUAAAAAUAACUUUUCUUGGAUUUGGGGUGAAGUUUUGUUCUAAAAGUUUGGCUUUGCUCUAAAGUGAGAGACUCUGCUGGCAAUGGCCUCUGAUCCUCAAGCUCCUACCAUCAAGGCAUUUACUUGUUAAACGUUGUUUGGAAAGGGGAAAGGAAGACUUACUUACCAGUUAACUCUUGUAAUCGAGGUUACAAAACAGGGAUGUAUUCAUUAACACUGUAUCAUUCUCGAUAUAUAAAAAGCACUUUGUAUUUAAAACUUUAUUAUAAAUAUAUAUAUAUAUUGAUUUUCUAACCUAGAAACUAGAUAUUACCUCUUGGUUGUUUGCCACGUUAAUAUCUUCUUCUCUUAGUGUUGAAACUUCAGUUAACAGUCAUCUCUGUGUACCUAACAGAGAAUAUAGAAGUGACUUACAAUCAAGCUCAGUUGCUCCUUCUCUUUUUCUCACGUUAGAAGCAGUGGGUUUUAGGUAGGAUCCUAGCCUUUAUAUGUGAGGAGAAAUUGUUGUAUUACUCCUACUAAUUUCAGUACUAGGGCAGUGAAGUCAUUUUGUUCUGCCGAAAGCUGAUCACCCUCUCCCAUGGUUAUCAGCAAACCAUUUUCUGCCUCUUUGGAAGGUUUGAUAUGCUGGUUUCUAUUAAAGAUUCUAUUCAAAUGAAUGUUGGGACACUUGGGAAGAAGAGUCUGAGAGGUAAAAUAAAAAUAUUCUGGAAAAAUCAUGGUCCUUCAAUUAUGUUUAGAUCAGCACAGCACCCCGUCAUGAGUAAUGGUGAGGAAGAGCUCUUGUUCAGCCAGGACUACUGGGCAGCUCUUCGGUGGUAGUUUUGGAAGCAGUCAGUUGUGCUGGGACUUAUUUAAUGUGUUAUGAAGAGAGGGAUAUCUUUUAUUGAACUCCUUAUAUGUACAUCAGCUACUAAAUGUAGAAUAUAAAAUGUAAGUUCCUCACAUCUGCAGUUUUAAGCUUUUUAUGAUAGUGGGGUUUUUGUAAAAAUUAGAGUUGCUAAUCAGGUCAGCCAGAGCCUGUGAGGUGGCUGGGCAUCUGAAGUGCUGGCCAUGUUCAGAGAGGCGGGGGGAAGGGCAUUGCCUUAGUUUGGAUGUUAAAAGUGAAUGUUUAUAAACUUUGCUUUUAGGAUUAGGAGAUCAUACUGUAUUACUACCUUUUUUUUUUUCCUGCCCACCCUGAGUUGGAUAGAUAGUCUCUCUCCUUACCCUCAGUACAGCUUUAGAAAAUCUUUAUCCUUCCCAUUGAGUUUGGAUAGCAGGGGGUUAACAUUUCCAAACAGUCUUUCAGGGAUCUUGUCAAUGGCCUACAACCAAGGUAUUUGUCCCCUACUUUGAGUCUUAACUGUGGUUUUUCUCCAUUCCCAGUGGGACAGGGCUUCAAGGCACCACCAGUGGUAUUUAAUAUUAGUACUUAUGCUAUGCCUUUAAUUUUAGAUACACACAUUGCAAUAAUCCACUUGGUAAAGUAGUUAUCACCGUCUAACUGAGGAAGGACUACGAUAGCCUUUCCUCUACUGUGGAGGGUUGUCCUCUGGCACUCUCGGACCCCAGCCUGUUGAUUCUGAUUUCUAGAUCUCACAUUCCUCCAGUCUCUUCUUUUGGCCACUACUUUCAAAGAGUCUGCCCAAAAGGGUCUCCUCUGUUCUAGUGGGCAUUUGCUGAACUAAAUUGACCCUAAGCUGACUUCUAGCUGUUUGGGAAAGCUGCUUAGUCUCAGUGGUCUUCCCACGGAGGCACACACCUCCUCAAGCUGCUGUAGAAGUGAAGUUGGGGCAGAGCAGAAGCAACAACACUGUGCUUUCCCUGAGGAAGAGGAUUUGCUGCAGCCCCCUGGGGGAGGGUGGAGAGGAUGCCAUCCCACCAAAGCCAGGUGUUUGCUUUUAUAAGGUCUCCGAUAAUUAGGAAUACUGAAAACCAAGCAACAUAUAUCCGCGGCCUCACCCUCAGCCGUCUGUGCCACACUAAUUUUGUGAUUUAGGUUGCUUUCAUGGGUGACUAACUUUAUUCAGUGAAACCAGGGUGUGUGUUUGUUUGGGUUUUUUCUUUGCUACUUAUGUGUUUAAAGGUACAUGUUUCUUAUUUCAAAUCUCUACUGAUAGUGCCCUAUGGGAAGAUGCUGGAACACAUUUUGCAAAUGUGACUUUUUUUUUUUUUUUUUAGUUUUGCUUGAAGCCUGUGUCAUAAUGUCAGUUGCUGCUGCCUUCUUUCCUUUUAUGAGGUUCCCAAUGUUUCUUCUAGAAAAUUACUUUAUUUAUGCAAGUCAGGUGACUCUUAGACCCAAAACCAUUUGAUGAUAAAUAGAUUAUCAUUAGGUGCAUAUCUUAUUGAUAUUUUGUGAAAUGUUAUGCCUGUGUUGCAAAAGUUGAAUAGUUUUGUCUUUAUAUAUUGCUGUCUUCAGUGUACAGCAUGGUUUUACUUAAUUGAAUGUUACUGUUUAAUAUUUUCUUCUUAUAGAAGAGACCACGGCCUUUUGUAUGACAUGUUUUAAUAAAUGUUAUCUGUCAACUUUGUAAAA